GGGGGACAAAAAUACGACCACUUUAUUUGGACAGAAAAGAGAGCAUUUAAAAUUAAACAAACUCUUCCGCUCCAGCACUCCAUCGAACCCGUUGUCCUCUGCGCUACCCUACCCCUUCAACAAUUAGAGUGCAUUGGGACGAAGAUGGCGAUAUGCCCUCAUCCUUCUUCCGCAUCCAUUCUCAGAUCAAUAGCAUGCUAUGAAGAGCGAUAGUGCUGCAACUCUUUCUGCUUUCUUCUCUCUAUUUCUAGAGCUUUGAUUUCAGAUCGAUUUGUGUUGAUCUAUCACCAUUGUCCCAUGGAUCCGUCGUCCAUUUUCGACGACUACAAUUUCAUAUUGAUUGUUAGGGUUCAGAUCUACUGCGGUUGUGCGAUUGUGAGCGAUUAGGAGCAAAUAUCCCUUGCGACGACCUCUGCAACUAUGGCUGCGCAGAUUACGAGCAAUGGCGAACAAGAAUGGCUGGUCAAUGGCCGUCGCUGGCGCUCAGGGGUUGGUGUCUGGACGUUGCUGGUGCCCAGGCGCUAGGUAGGUGGAUGUCACAGCUCUGUUGCACAGGGGAGGGGGGCAGAUCUGAAUAGGCUAGUUCUGGGGAGAGAAAGGAAUCGGUUUGUGGUUGGUGGAGGCUGGGGAGGGGGCUUGGCGGUGGUCACAGGGUGAAGCGGUGUGGUAGCGGUCAUUCGGCGGUUCCUACAGCGUUCAAGUUUCACUGUGACGGUGGCGGUAUCCAUGCGGCGGUGGUGUCAAUGUGGCAGUGUCACUGCGGUAGGAGGGGGUGGCAAUGACAGGAGCAAGAUUGACUGUUCGAGUGAGCAAUGAACUAGGGGCUGGGCAUCCCAAAUCGGCUUCAUUUUCGGUAAAAGUGGUGACUCUAAGUUCUUUCCUAAUAUCGGCUGCGCUUGGGGUUAUAGUCAUCCUCUUACGCCACAAGAUUAGCUACGUCUUCACCGGCAGUAAGACCAUAGCCAAAGCAGUCUCUGAUCUUGCCCCUCUUUUGUCCAUUUCUAUUCUGCUCAGUGGCAUUCAACCUGUGCUUACGGGGGUGGCUGUUGGAUGUGGAUGGCAAAAAUUUGUAGCCUACGUUAAUGUGGGGUGCUACUAUAUUGUCGGUAUUCCCGUCGGUUCUCUGCUUGGAUUCAAAUUUCGACUUGGAGCUAAGGGAAUUUGGUUGGGGAUGCUUGGAGGAACAACCAUGCAGACCAUUAUCUUGUUGUGGGUCACUUUACGCACUAACUGGGAUUUACAGGUUGAAGCAGCCAAAACCCGAUUGAACAAGUGGCAAGAUAAGGGUGGGAUUGUUGAAUGAUUAACAGACGGACCGGAUUUGUGAAUGUGUACUCUUUCCAUAAUAAGGGUAGUUAAAAGAAACAAAUUAUAGAAUCUAAGGUUUUCCUAUGCUUCCACUUUUUUCUACCUUCAAGGGUUGUGGUUUUGGUCUGACUUCUCGUUUGACCUAGAGUUGUGUUCGCUUUAAGUGAGCGUGUGAUAUGUUAUUCUCAUAGCAAUGUCUGGAGCUUGUGUAUUACUCGUCGAUGUAACCGUUCGAGUGGUGAAUUUUCAUUGUUCAUGGUUUGCAAAGCUGAUUCAACCAUAAUUUACUGAAGCCGCAAUGACUCCCUCCUCCUAGACUAUCAACACGCUUAACUGGAUCUCCUUUUCGAUAGCUGGUCAAACCGAUGAUUUAGACAAUUUCUGUUCGGUGGAGAUUCCUUUGUUGGUUGUUAGUAAAAUCAAUUCUCCCUUUUUGAUGACUCGUGAAAUCGGAUCUUUUAUUUGUAAUACUUUAUUUUGUCUAUGUAGUAGCAAGUGUAACAAGGUUGUUAGACUACGUUAUUGCGGGAUUAUCGAUAUGAAAAGGUUCACAUGAUCUUUUUGUUCAAUGUCUCAUCCC